UUUCAUCUAGUGUUAGUUUUGUCAGACCAAUCUUUCUAAAGCACAGCUUGGAUCAUGUCCCCUUCCCAGCUCGGAAGUCACCAUGGCUCUCAAUCACCUACAAGGUAAAGUUUGAGUCCCUAGCCUGGCACAGAAUGCCCUUCCAGUGCAGGUGCCAUCCUUCUAUCCAGCCUUAUUGUCCAAGACUCCCAAACAUACAUACUUCUCCUUCUUGGGUCAGGUUUUCUCUCCCCCAACCCAAGGACAUGCCCACCACCAUCUCCUCAGUCCCAUGGCCCAUUUUGUUUAGAAUGCUUAUCCUUCUCUCAGUAGAUUCAGUUCCUCUCUCAUAUCCUAUUUAUCCAAUUCAGAUCUCAUUACGUGCACAUCAUUUUCCCUAAAAUUUAAGCCACCUCUUCUCUGAACUGUAUUGAAACAAAGAACACUUCUAGCGAGAACUUACUGUUAUCAGGCACUACCUUUCUCACUUGAUCCUCUCAUCUGUCUAUUAAAGUAGGUGUUAUUACCUCCGUUUUACAGAAGGAAGAAAAUGAGGCUUAGAGGGGUCAAGUAGCUUGCCCAGUCACAGAGUGUGGAAUGACAGAGCCAGGAUUCAAACCAGAUCUAUCUGAACUCUUUCUAGGGUCCACUGCCUUGGGAUUGAUUUGAACCUUAAAAAUCCAGGGCCUUGUCUCCCUCUUCAUUUAAAUGGCCAGCCCAUUUCUGAAGCAGGCCAGUGGGCCUCAAGGACCUCAAUUAUGCUCUUCCGUAGCAUGGUGAAGUGUUCGCAGCGGGUUCACAAACUGUGUUGGGUGAGAGUCAGCUCCCCUGCAUCUUCUUACUGUUCUACUUCCCCUUGUUUUUCUUGCCUGGCUUUCAGAGAGAUGACUUCCUCUAGAAUAUACAAGCUGGAUGAUGGGAAGCCUUACCUGAGCAACUGUUUUCCAGCCAAAAAUCUGCUUCGGAUGCCUGAGGAAGCAGGCCGAGGACAUUGGUUAGUGACUCGGAAAUGUAACCAGAAGAAGAAGCCCAAGAGUGCACUUGAGGCAUCAGCUUCAGGUCAGGAAACCCAGAAGCAGCUUGCUUUGGACAUCAGGGGGAAGAAAGGGUCUCAGCAGGAAAACCAGAUAGAUGUUUCUGGACACGUCCUGGACCGGGCUUUUCUGCUGAAGCACCACUGUGUAAAGAAGCCAUCAGAGCUGUGCAACAUUAACGUGAGUGGCCUGAAGUUCUCCAAGGCUAAAGAAAAGGACUUCAAGCAUUUUCAUUCUGUUAUCUACAUCAAUGCCUCAGAAAACUUGCUGCCUCUAGAGGCAUUUCACACGUUUCCAGCCUUAAAGGAACUGGAGCUUGCAUUUAAUGGCAUCAAAACAGUCUACGUGAAAUAUGGAGACUUUAAAUUCUUGGAAUUCCUGGACCUUUCCUUCAACAGUCUGACUGUGGAGGCCAUCUGUGAUCUGGGAAUUCUGCCACACCUCCGUGUCCUGCUCCUAACAGGAAAUGGGCUCACUUCCCUUCCUCCUAAUAUGGCCGUCGCAGAGCAGGAGCCAUCUUUGACGACGCUAACAGGCAAGAGGUACAUCCUCAGAUUCCCAGCGCUGGAGACAUUGAUGCUGGAUGACAACAAACUCUCCAACCCCAAUUGCUUUGCCAGCCUGGCAGGGCUCAGGAGACUGAAGAAGUUAAGCCUCGAGCAAAACAGGAUUUCCCGGAUCCCGUACCUGCAGCAAGUCCAUCUCCGUGAUGGGUCGGGGGACUGGAUUGGAGGCAGGGAGAGUCCCCAGAAAGAGUCCCGAUCCCUGCUGCAACCGAAGUCAUGGGUGUUUGAGGCCUCUGACGAGCAACCAGGUUAUACUGUGCUGCCCAUGAAAAAGGACGUUGACCGGACAGAAGUUGUGUUCUCAUCUUACCUUGGCUUUUCAACAUCACAGACAACCAAGGUAUGUGCACUUCCUCCCAUAUUCGAGAUUCUUCCUGUGAAGUCACUGAAGGCCAGGAACCAGACGCUGGCCCCGCCCUUCCCGGAGCUGAGGUACCUCAGCCUGGCCUACAACAAGAUCAUGAAGGAGGACGCUGUCCUGCCAGUCGCUCUCUUCCCAUCUCUCUGUGAGCUUAUCUUUCAUAACAACCCCCUGGUGGCCAACACACGAGGUGUCCCUCCACUGCUAAAAAGCUUCCUCCAGGAGCGACUGGGGAUCCACUUAAUUCGAAAGAAGAUAGUAAAGGCUAAGCAUCCACAUAUUUUGAUGCCCUGGAAGGACACGCGGAAGGUGAAAACCCAAAUUCCAAAGGUGCCGAAGCAGCCUCUGAUGCUCCAUUACCCACCAGUGACCACAGUCAAGUCUCCCUCAAGGAAUGUGCUGGGGCCAGAAGCAGGGCCGCCUGGAGAACUGCCUGCUGCCAAAAGCACUUCUCUGAAUAUGGAGAUGCCCCUUGAGGGCCUCGAGGGCCCUGGUCUGACCCACCGCACCUUCGUGCCACUGCCUCCCAUCUGCUCCGACUCCUCCGUGCACAGUGAAGAGACCAUGUCCCGCCCAAGUGACACAGCUGGCCGCCUGAGCCCAGAGCAACCGUCAGAUGAGGACUCCAAGAGCACAGAGUCCAUCUUCUUGACCCAGGUGAGUGGGCUGCCUCCCUCCAUUAUGCACAGGGAUAAUUCUGAGGUGAAGGAGAAAGACCAAAGGAACCCACCAGCAGCUCCCAGAGAGGUGAAGAGGACCUGGAGGAAGCUCCCAUCUGCCUCCCUCCCUAGCAAGUACCAUGGCUAUGAGGAGCUGCUGACAGCUAAGCCUGAUCCCGACUUCAUUGAGCCAAAGGGAAUCCAGAAGAACGCACAGGCCCUGCAGCACAUGGUGAAGCACCCCCUCCUGUACCGCUCCUCCAAACCCAAGAUGGACACUUUUCAGAAACCCUUCGUCCCCAAGGAGAAACAGGCCCCGCGGAUCCCUAUUCCACCCCCACGGAAGACUCGAGCCCAGCUGCUGGAUGACAUCCUCAUUCGCAUGCGGGACCCCCGGAACAUCACAGAGGCUCCACUAGGUGGGCGCUGGAACCUGCCCUCGAGGCUUGGGGCAGGGUGGGACCCCGGGCGAGCGUGGGGCCCUCUCCCGGAGGCGGCGGCACCCAGGCGGGGGGCCUCUGUCCGUGCAGGCGCUGUGCUGCGCCGGCGGGCGGAGCAGCGGCUGAUGAACCAGAAGCAGUACCUGCAGGCCAAGCGGCUGCUGAAGGAGUUCCGGGCGCGCUACCGGCGGCUGGUGCGCGGCUCCAUGGAGGGCGUGUUCGGGCCGCCGCCGCCGCCGCCGCCGCCCGACUCCUGCCCCGCGCUGAGCGAGGGCCCGCCGAAGUUCGGCCGCUUCCUGGAGUUCGUGGACGAGUUCUGCCCAGAGCCCACGACCAGUGACUCGAGAGGCUAGGGCAGCGCCCCGAGUCGUGCGCGCGGCCUGGCCUGCGCCCCGACGCGCCCCGACCCUCCCCCAGGGCUUCGUGCCCCUCCAGCUGCGCCUCGUGGGCGGCGGAGACCCGAGGGGACCUCGGAGCUCGGCUGGGGCGCUCUUGCUGGCGGCGUGAGAGCGAGAAGCUUGCCGGGACCUCUCUUGUUGGCUGGGCAGGCCCCCGCGCCUGGCGCAGCAGCAAUAAAAAGCGGGUGCGUAGAGCAAGAAGCCGCUUGUUCUUUUUUGGCACCCGGGCCAGGGCCACGGCCGCGUUGUCUCACUGGGAAGAAUCCCGGGCUGAUGUGAGCAUCCCGGGUCCCAUGGGAAAUUUGCCUUAGUCACAGGACACUUGCUAGGACAGAACAAAAGGGGCUGAUCGAACUGAGCCUCAGCAGAAGUUGAUUUGUCCACACCCAAUAAAGGUGGAGGGGUUUCAAAUCC